AACCAUAAAGCAGAACACAACUACCCAUUUGGAUUUUGGAGAGAGAGUGAGAGAGGCACUUCGCCCGUUGACGGAUUUUUCUGUUGCGAUCAGCCGAUUCCUGUCUCUUUUGGUGAUAUCUAUAGAGUGCGUUUGUUCAAUCAAUCAGUAGGUCGCAGGUUCUCCAGUUACAAGCGGACAUGGCCGCUGGAAUUUUGGUUUGGGCCCUAAUUUCUGGUCUACUGCUCCUAAUUGUGAGAUUCAUUGCAGUUGUGAUAGCUGGAAGGAAGAGUAGAAGGAGAGCCGUUGGUUUCUUCCACCCCUACACGAACGAUGGCGGCGGUGGCGAGAGGGUGCUCUGGUGCGCCGUCAAAGCCAUCCAGGAAGAACGCCCCGAUCUUGACUGUGUUAUUUACACGGGCGAUCACGACGCUUCGCCCGAGAGCUUGAUGGCUCGUGCCGUCGAUCGCUUUGGGGUCAAGCUGAUUUCUUCUCCGAAGGUGGUGCUGCUGUAUAAAAGGAAGUGGGUUGAAGAAACCACUUACCCUCACUUUACCAUGAUUGGUCAAAGCAUGGGUUCAAUGUAUCUUUCAUGGGAAGCUUUAUGCAAGUUCACUCCUUUAUAUUAUUUUGACACCAGUGGAUACGCUUUUACAUAUCCAGUUGCUCGUUUUUUUGGAUGCAAAGUUAUAUGCUAUACACAUUAUCCAACAAUAAGUCUAGACAUGAUAUCUCGUGUCCGUGAGCAGAGUUGGAUGUAUAACAAUGAUGUUAGAAUUGCUCAGAGUGUUUGGCUAUCCCGGUGCAAGAUCUUCUAUUAUACAUUAUUUAGUUGGAUGUACGGCAUUGUAGGCUCUUGUGCUCACCUUGCUAUGGCUAAUUCUUCAUGGACUAGGACCCAUAUUGAAAAGCUUUGGGGAACUUCCCAUCGUAUUAAGCGAGUCUAUCCCCCUUGUGAUACUUCAGGACUUCAGGUUCUUCCAUUGGAAAGAUCAGUGAAAACUCCAAUAAUUAUUUCUGUUGCUCAGUUCCGUCCAGAGAAGGCUCAUACUCUCCAGCUUGAAGCCUUUUCUGUUGCAGUCAGCCAAUUAGAUGCAGAUCGGCCUAGACCAAAGCUGCAGUUUGUGGGCAGUUGUCGUAAUAGGUCAGAUGAGGAAAGAUUGCAAAAUUUGAAAAACAAAUCUAUCGAAUUAAAAGUGGAGGGAGAUGUGGAGUUCUACAAGAAUAUGAUGUACAGGGACUUGGUGAGACUUUUGGGAGGAGCUGUUGCUGGGAUUCAUUCCAUGACAGAUGAACACUUUGGCAUUAGUGUUGUAGAAUACAUGGCUGCAGGCGCAAUACCAAUUGCUCACAAUUCUGCGGGGCCUAAAAUGGACAUUGUUCUGGAAGAAGAAGGACAGCAAACUGGAUUCCUUGCCCAGACCGUGGAAGAAUUUGCGGAAGCCAUCCUCAAAAUUGUAAGGAUGUCAGAAUCUGAGAGACUCGAGAUGGCUGCUGCUGCACGGAGAAGGGCAGGCAGGUUCUCGGAGCAAAGAUUUUAUGAUGAUUUCAAAGCUGCCAUCCGAUCCCUUCUGUGCCAUGCUUCUGAGUGAUGGAAAAAACAACAUUUAUGUUUCCAGUGAUGGAACGGUUAUAAUUGUCACAAGGAUUUCUGUUAAAGCUUAUCAUGAGAGAAGGUAGGAAAAAAAAAUUGUUAGUGGGAAAGGUUGAUGUUUCCUACGCUGUUGGCAGUUUUGACAUAGAAAUUUUGCUGUUUCUUGUUGUCCUUCAUUUCCAUCCCAACUUUUAUCUGACUUGACGGGCCAAGUUGCCUGUUAUUUGCUGAUGCUGAUAUUGAGUUUUAGGUGUGGUCAAA